GCAUACACCAGAGGUUAAGCCGGUGGACACUGCCCUACCUUGCUUUCUGUGACUUUACUUGAGGUCAUAGCGUAUCUUGCGUAUUGUCAAGGCACCUGUCGUCAAUACACCUCCUUGAUUGUGGCGUGCGGAGCCAUCAGCGCUGCAUCGUGUCGCUUCUGUUUCCUGUGAAUACUGGCGACGCCCUCGGGGAAGCACCUGUCGCUUGGCGUGUAAGGAGGUGUUUUUAAGGAGCUUAGCGGAAGCGGUGAGGUGCGAUGUUCUUCUCGCGCUGCGUCAUGGUUGUCUUCAAGACAACUGGUGGGAGAUCCUGGAACCCGCCCAGCGGCCUGCGCCCGCUGUCGCCCGCGCAGCGGCGCAACCGCACAAAGAACCUUGCGCUGACAAUGAAGAAUAUGUCUAUCCUGAAGCUGGCAGAAGCAAACCAGCCGGAGGUGCCGGUGCGGCUUUACAAGCCACUCAACUUCUCGCGGAUGCAGUGGAUGAAGAAGAAGCUAGAAGAGACGCGGGCGGCGCUAGGGUGGGACAUGGAGGCACGGGCGCUGCAGGAGCAGGCGCGCGCGCUGCGGGUGGGCGGCGGGCGGCAAGGGGCCGCGGGCUCGCUGCUGCCGCCCGCUGCGCGGGCGGCGCUGCAAGGCAGUGUAGGUGACAAGUGAUGAGACGCGCCCAUCAGGAAGUCAGCUUUGUUUGCUUGCAUGACUACAUGGGUGUGUCACCUGAGCUAAGGCGGCUUGGGUUUGUUUAGACGAGCUGCAGUACAGGCGCAACGCCGCAGCCGUCCGCACGGCACCGUCGCUAGAACGUCAGUAGUAGUGGGGCAGUCAAACACAUGAUGGCAUUGGCCGCUUGAGUACAGCGCCGCCACAGGAGCCGGUUGCAGGCAAUCGCUAAGCAUGAGGUGCGGUGGCUAGGUCUCGGGGAUGGUUAGUAGAAAGGCCUGCACGUUAUCGCGCCGCACUGCAUCGUACAAUGCAGGACGUCUGCUUGGAAGCGCUGCAGCAGUGCGCAACGAAGUUGGACUUUCAGGGCGUGAUGGUAUUGCCGCCGCGAGGUCCAUGGCGUGUUGCUACCAUGGACUUGAUUGACAAUUGCCAGCAGCAAGUUCAAUCAAGUGGCGCGAUGUACGGUGCCUCACUGUGCCUGGGUAUGUCGUGGUCGUGGCGGGAGGGCAGUGUGUCGCAGAUAGAGCGGGAGUACGACGGGUACGGCUACCUGCGGGAGGUGCGGCUGGGGCAGGCGGUGAAGGGCGGCUGGAGUGGCGGCCGCAUAUGAGCACAGGCGGAAGAUGGGAGCGUGUUGCGACGGAUUCCGGGUGUAGGGCUCAGGUAUGGCCGCUGGUUUACGUAGAUGGGGCCGUGCCAUGUGGAACCGCCUGAGGGCUAUGCAUUGAGCGGACAUGGCUAGUGGCUCACGGUGGCGUGAUGGCGGCGAAGAAGGGCGAGCAAGUGUUCGCCACAUAGCCCUAAUGGUUGCGCGUGCAGCAACCCAUAUGGCGCAGCGGGCAGUGGGAGCCAAAUCUCAAACAAAGCCACCGCAGUAUGUGUUACGAUGGAGACAAAUGAGCCGUAAUUGUGAAUGUGGAGGAGAUGAAAGGCCGCGGACAUGUAGCGGCGAGGACAUGUGGGUCGGAGCAGUUGAGAGAAUGGAAGAGAAGCGCAAACCGCACGCUAGGGCAACCUCAAGGUCAGACUGAAGAGUGAUUGUCGCUAUAGAGAUGUUCGCUUGUGCGUGUUGCGUUUUAAGCACGUCAAUAAUAAGAGACCACCUAUGGUCUUUUGGCGUUGACGUGGCGUGUCAACUCUGGCGACAGAGCUGCACGCGCAGGCCACGGUGGCUGCGCAGGCGACUGAGCAGCACGCGGCUCGGUGAUGGCCAUGGCUUGGUGAUGGCUUGCGCUCUUUUGUAGGGGUGCCCUCGUCAGGUCUUACUGCAAGGUUGUCUCCAGA